AUGGCUUCCUCCGACCUGGCCCGGCAGAUGGUAAGAGCUGCUUUUACCUACCGCGGGAUGGGUGGGUGGCAAGGAUGCAGACCACCAGUGGCGCUUCUGGGGCUGGGAUCCCAUGCAUGCUUCGUCCUGGUGGGCUUCCUCGUGCGUAGAGAAAAGAGGGGGCUUGGGGUGGGGUUUUUUUUGGGGGGGGCAGAAAAAAGUGCAAUUCCGGACGGAUUUUUGGCGCGACUCAAUCAGUUGCUUUCAAUUUGAAUAGCUCUGCAUGUACGGUUCUUCGGGCAAACUGCUAUAGAACUUCUCCCGUCGCCUGCCUUCUUUGUGGUGGGAUUCUGUAGGCUCCCUUUUUUUGCCCUGUCACAGCGGCCCCCCCCCCCCGGUCGAUCCCUUGCAUUAUGGUUGUACUCCGUUCCUCGUGCUUGCCAGUAAAAGGCAUAAGGUUUCGGGCCACCCCCACUCCUCCUCCUACCAUGCGAAGGACAACUGGCUUCUUCACUUAGAAUCGAAAGCCCCUUACCGUCUCCCAGUGACCUCAUGCAAACGAAAAUAGGAAUAACGUCAUAGCGAACUAUCCACAAGCAGGCUGAGCCUAUGCAUUUUUACUGGGAGGCCUUGUAGGCAAGUCAGUGUGUGUUGAAUUGCAUUAAGGUGUAGUCAUAUAAUGGUGCAAGGUAGUUAUAAUAAUUUUUGAUCUUUGCUUAUUAUUAUAAAUUGUGCCAUUUUUUGCUUUCCCAAGCAAGUUUCUCCGAAACGAGUUCUGUGGUACAUUAAAGACUACCAGAUUUGUUGUGGCAUCAGCUUUCCUGGACUACAGCUGAGCUUGCUCCAUCACAUGCAAGUUCUGGUUGCACUUUAGUUUCCAUGAAAUACCUUAGCACAAGGGUGGGGAAUCUCUCUGGCCCUUCCAUCUGCCUUUGGGACAUUCCCGAGCCACCCUUCCCUCCCAGUCCAUGUUCGUCACUGGCUCUGCAUUGCAUCCUUCUUGGCUGUUUUUCUUGACAGGAACAUCUGCUUAAUUCUGAUAAUACCUUUUGCCUAGGUGAAUGACAGGGGUGUGUGCGUUUGUCAAAACCAGCUUGCUGUACCAGCUUUAAAAUUUGCCUUUGCUGCUGUGCCUACUUUUGUUUCUGGCCCUGCCUACCACUGGCAGUGUGGCCCCCAGAAAGAUGCCCAGAAGGGAAUGCAGCUCUUGAUCUGAGAAAAGCUCUCCACCCCUGGCCUGAGCACUUCCCCUGUACAGUUUUCACAAAUCUGCAUUGCUCAUCCAUUUAUGAAAUCCUCUGGUUAUAACUUCUGCCAGUUGCUCCCUGCGAGAGCUCUCCUUUUCUAUGACUUCUUGCCUGGAGAAUUUAUUAGGGCGAAUUCAUCCAAACUGCUGUAUUGGAUGUCGUUUAGGAGAACCCUAACUUCCAUGUCAACUUAAUUGGUAGCAGGAUUCAUCGAACAUAGUGAAGUUUACUUUGAGUAAAGUUUGGAGCUGAAAACUACAGGGAGGAACGUGUGAGGAACGGAAUGACUGGGAGAAGCAGGAGGCCUGAUAACCUGCAACUCAGAGGGUCAGUGUGGGAGCAUCAGAUCAUCAUGAUAUCCAGGCAACACCAGAGCACCAGUCAACAAAAAGGACUGAAGUGUCCCCUUAUUUUAUAAAAAUGAAUAUGGCGUUGUGAAAGUAUGAGACAGUAAGCCAGCAACUUACGCGGGGGCUACAUUUCAGGUAUCGCACCUAAAGCAAAAAUCACAUAUAGUCAGAACACAUUGAGUUCAAUGGCAGGUGGGAUUGCAUAUUACAAUUUUUAGUCAGUGGGUAGCCCUAAAAAUAUCUGCGUUAAUCAAAUAUAGGAAUGAUGCUUGGAAGGAUUUCUGUGCAUUGAAGUCAUGUCAUAGGGAGUGGUAAUCACACUGUUUCUUUUACCUGACUUGUUUCAAAGUUGUUUAGAUGAUCACCAUUCUCAGUCAUGGACUCUGUCUGAUUUGGCAGUAUUCUGCAUGUAAUUAUUCAUUUGAAAACCCGUUAGUGCACAGCAAAUUAAUGUCAUUAAUGCAAUGCAAAGUAAGGAACAUGUCAGCACUGCGUUAUGCUUAGGUCAGUACGCUUAAGGCUUCAGCUCUGACACGCUUUAAUUCCAUUGAACUGAGAAUAACAAUAAAUUGUUUGUUAUGAAGUACUAUUAUACAUAAAACAAAGUGAAGUGUUAAAUCUGCCUCCAGCAUAAUUGAAUAUCCAGUGGGAUUGUGCCCCAGUUUCAAGCAUGUAAUAUAACAAAAUAUUUUUUUGGUGAACAAUUCUAUGAAAAUCCAUUUUGAAGACACGGAUGCUGUCCCAAUUGGACACUGUUCUGGUGUGAGAAACCAAGACGGUAUAAUUUAGUCCAUUACGAGAGGACACAAACAAAGAAGGCAUUUUUAUAUCUAGAGUCCUGGCAGCAUUUAGAAUACAUAUAUUGAGUUCAUCUUUGACUCAGCUCCAGCUCCAUGUAAUUAUACUGGCCCUGUGUAGCCACUCCGCCCCUGAGAUGACUAACUGGUGCCAAUUUGAAAAGGACAGCGUGGAGUAACAAAGCAGUGUCAGAACUGCUUAUCGUUCUAAGUCUAGACACAAAUUCUUCUUUAGAAAUGUAGCUGUAAGUAGUUUUUUGUUAUGUCAACAAAUUUCUGUUUGUGUAUUGGGGUAGGCACAUCAGUGUGAAUCCACUUUCCCCCCCUAGAAGAAGUACCGGUAGAUGAUACAAUAAUAAUCCUUUGUUUCUGUUGUGCAGGACAAAUUAUUGCCAGUUUUUUGUUUAUCUUCUGUAGUUGCUUAUGCUAGAUGUCAUGUGCUCUGUAAAGACAAUAACUAUAUUUCCAUUCAUAAUACCAAAAUUAUAAUAUUUAUUUGCUGCCUGGCUAUUUAGAUGCUGCUAAAGUAUUCGGUAAUUUUAUUAUCUCUAGCAGGCACUGAGUCACUUAGUUUCCUGAUUAAAACUUGCAACUGCAAGUAUCCUCUUUGGCACAAGUUCAGGAACACCAGGAAACAAACCACUUGGUACUUUUGAUAUGAGUGUUUCAGCAUUGUUGUGAAGUGAAGAAUACUUGCAUCAAGACAUUUGGCUGUGUAAUGACAUCCUGUUGUUUAAAUAUGCAUUUCCUUCUGUUCCAUGCUCACUCCUGUCAAACUUAGUUCUGCAGAACUUUUUUUAAACUGUUAUUUUUUAGAGCUGGUGUGAGUAUCAGGGGUGGGGGAUGUUUGCUUUUACUGUAUUAGCAUUGUUUAACAUGCCCUAAUGCCUAGAAAUCAGGUUGGGCUGUAUUAUGAAAUAGACUCCAGAGAACAAGGUGGGUUUGCUGACAUCGUUCCUCCUUAAUGUUUGGCUAGGCAGGCAACCUUGCUGCCUUUUGGUUUUCUAAUACAUGGGAGGAGGGGGGAAACUCAGCCACGCUGCUUACAAGAAGUGACCUGUAGGUUGGAAUCCUAUGGACACUUACCUAGGAGUGAACUGCAUUGUGGUGGCAAUCCUAUACACACUGUUAAAGAGCAAGCACCAUUGCUCACAAUGGUGUUCUGUCCAGACACAUAUAGGAUAGCGCUGUGACUGUAGUGGGACAUACCUCUGUAUAAACAUAUGUAGGGCUCCACUGUUAUAGAAGGACCUUUGAAAAGAAGGGAAAUACUUACUUCUAGAGGUUUUCAAUACCAGAAGAUUUAGGUGAAAUGGCACGUAGUGCAUCAUGUAAUGCUACUUUUGAGGUGGUCUCUUGAUUCAUAUAAAACGUUAGCUUAUUUUAUUUGAACCUUGGUCUUUGGCUUUUCAGAUAUUAACAGUGGUGCUGAUUCCAGAAUGAAGUUGGUGUCAUAUUACAAAGAUGUUCUGAGCAAUAUGUUAGCGGUUUUCUGUUGCUGCUAUUAUUACGUCGGUUCUGUGAAUUUAGAAAGAUAAAGCUGUUCAUAAUAAGUCUGUUGGGUUCAAAACUGGAUAUUCUGUAGAAACGACAAUACAAUUUGGCUUCCUGUGGAAUUGCAAAGCUGCAUCUUCAGUUGUGUCUUGGCUCUUGCCUUCUUCAUGCUGGAAACCUCCAAAAUAAUUCUGAGUGCUAUUCUAGGCAGGUCUACUUAUAAGUGUCUUGCCAAGUGUUCUGUGGGGCAGACUCCCAUAUACUGCUAUUUUUUUUCUGAUGAGAACAAGACAAAGUGGGCCUUCAACAUGGCAUUCACUUCUAUUUUUGCUUAACCAAGUUUUGUGCCAUACAAACUUAUAAACUAUGGUUAGCUAUGGUUUGUUUGGAGCAUGCUGUUUUCAAAUGGGAGAUGCCAAAAACCAUCUUGCUUCUUUCUCACUCACACAUAGGAGUGUGGCUUCUAAGAUGAUGUCUACUACAAUGUGUGAGCAUCAUCUGAAAACAAAAAACAAUUCAGAAAUAAUUGUUUUUAUGCAUAUGUACAUUUAGCCAAUUAAUCAAUCAAGCAAAUAAAACUUUACUUUCAUCAAACUUGUUUUCCUUACCUCAUUGUUUUAAUUUGAUAUAUUCUCUUUAAUUUCUUUUUUUUAAAAAAACUGUUCGUCUUAUUUCCCCCUCCUAGCGCUAUCAAUCUGAUAUCGGAAUGAGAGCACCCGCUAACCAACCAGUAAAUAAUCAAGAUGCAAGGAGGGUGAGUAAACAAUUAAAAGUUUCUAUGGGGAUUUUAGUUUACACUACCAUUUUAGAACAAAAAGAACAAACAGUCUUCGGGAACUUUAAAGGCUUGUGCAUUUAUUAUGGCAUGAGAUAAUAAAUGUGAUUAUCUUUUAGUGAUUAAAACUUGCAGCAUAAUAAAUGUGUGGGUCUUUAAGACGCCAUUGGGUUUAUUGCACCAUAGCUAAUGUGACUAUCUCUCUGUAAAUUGUUACCAUUAUAGAUAACAUAUGAUGAAUGUAUUUAAGGCUUGUUAAUAUCGGAAGGAAUAUAGAAGCCUGCUAAGGUAUGCUCUGUGUGAAUUAUAGUGGUUCUGCCCAGCCAAGUAGAGAUUUGAACAAAAAUGCCCAUGAUUGAAGUCAUCUAAGAUAUAAUUCAGUUUUGAUGAUAGAAUUUUGACUAGAUUGUGCAGCCAGAAGGACCAAUAGUAGGGUGUAUCUAAUUGUGGCGUUUGACUCGUGGUAUUACGCUGGUGGUGCUGUGGUCUAAACCACAGAGUCUAGGGCUUGCUGAUCAGAAGGUCGGUGGUUCAAAUCCCCAUGACGGGGUGAGCUCCCAUUGUUCGGUCCCAGCUCCUGCCCACCUAGCAGUUCGAAAACACAUCAAAGUGCAAGUAGAUAAAUAGGUAUCACUCUGUCGGGAAAGUAAAUGGCGUUUCCGUGUGCUGCUCUGGUUCGCUAGAAGCGGCUUAGUCAUGCUGGCCACAUGACCUGGAAGCUGUCUGCGGACAAAUGCGGGCUACCUCGGCCAAUAAAGCGAGAUGAGCGCUGCAACCCCAGAGUCAUCCAUGACUGGACCUAACAGUCAGGGGUACCUUUACCUUUUUAUUACGUAACAAUUGUAUUUGAAACACAUUAAUGAACAGCUGGAGGCACAUUUAAAAGUACGUGUCUGUGAACUGAUGAGAGUAUCUUUACUUUCCACAAAAACUUACUUAGAUAAGGUUCCACCAAGUAGUCUGCUAACAGAUAAACUAGCCUCCCACUUAAAAGAAAGGAAAACAGUGGACUUCUGUUGCAACACAGGAAAACCUAAUACACACAUCCUUGUGUUAGAUAGGAAUUUUCCUAGUACUUCAGUAAUUGUUUUACUGAUGAAUCUGAUAUAUUUUGUUGCUGUCCACUCCAAUUUUGCCAUGUCAUAAUAAGUUUUUUUUGUUUUUUUACUUACCAUAGUUUAAUGUGAAUAUUUCACUCAGCCCCCAGUGCACGUAGGACAAACAAAUUAGGAAGCCCUUGCUUCCUGUCAUGUCUGAGCCAGAUAUAGUGGCUUCUUGCUCCCCAGAAAGCUACAGUUGCUAGGUAGUCUUAAGCCGUGGUUUGUUGGCUUGCUAAUCAUGGCUUAUUAGGGAUUCCCAGUUCAGACAUACAGUAAUGGGAAGCCUUCCUAGGUUGUUUAUGCAGCUUGCGCCAUAACCAAAUUAAGCAGGAAGAAGCAGGCAGUAUCCCACGAUCAUUUGUAGCCAAGUAAGAUUGUCUUCCAUGAACACAAUCUUAACAGUUGAGUCCGUAAGUGACUGUGGAGGCCAAUUCUGGAUGCACACGUCCUUCCACAGUGUGGACAUAGGUUUCCAGGCAGGAGUUGAUCAUGGUGAGGGUUUGCCAAACGUGCCUUCCUCUUAGCACGUUUCUCUCUUUUGUUCUGAGUUUCAGUGUCUUCAGAGUCCAUGGCACCUUUGGUAAAGGUUGUUCUCCAACUAGAGCUCUUUCAUGCCAGUGUUUCCCAGUUGUUGGUGUUUAUACUACAUUUUUUUUAGAUCUGCAGAUAUCAAUAAGCCAGAAUUUCUGGCUUAUUUUUAUAAGUGAAAGUGGCUCUUUAUCAUGAUUUAAAGGUCACUUGGGAAAGUACAUACAGUAGUGUGUGAUAUGCUGUAUAUUUUUGUGUAUCAGAUAUGUACACUGAUCAAAAUGGUAUAGAUCUUCUUUCAACUUACCCAGUGCUGUAAUAGCAGGAGUCUACAAAUUGAGUCAGCUGUAGUAACCACUCCCUUCUGGCAGCCACUUGUGCCCUGGCUCCCAGCACAAAGAUCACCACUCUUUAGUUUGGCACAUGUUGCAAAGAACUUGGAGGGGGAGGGAUUUUCGACAGUGCCAGAUGUGGAAGGGGGACAACAGGCCACUUUUCUGUCCUCUGCAUGUAUAGAGGCUUAAGGAAAGGGAAGGGGUUAGCAUCUUGUUUGCACGAGAUGUUGGGAAGGCAGCUCACUAGGAUUCCCAAUGCAUUCCUCCUUUUCUGAAGCCCUUCUUCUUCCUGAAACUAUCUGCAUGUGCAGAUGAGGCACAGAAGGGAAAUGGGAUUUGUCGCAUUUUGUGUUGAUCUUCAAGGAAAGCAGAUGCACGGUGCCUUUCCAAGGCCUCCCCAAAGUCCAAUGUUAAGUGAGAGAGCAGCCUCUGCUUACUUCUCUGUGCAUGCCAGUAGAAUUCGGGUAGAGAAGCCUGGGUCUGUUGUGGGGAAUAGCAGUACAGUCCUACCUUGUAAUUCAAAUGGCUUAGUUGCUGAACAUUUUGGCUCCCAAAUGAUUGAAAGCCGGAAGUGAUUGUCUCGGUUUUUGGACAUUCUUUUGGAAGCUGAACGUCCAGGGGGGUUCUGCGGCUUCCGAUUGGCUGCAGGAAGGUCCUGCAGCCAAUCGGAAGCCGCGUCUUGGUUCCCGGACAUUUUGGAAGUCAAACAGACUUCUGGAAUGGAUUCCAUUUGACUUCUAAGGUACGUCUGUCUUUUUUCUUAAAAAACAAUGUUUGGAGUGGCACAAAGUUUUUUAAAAAUGGGUAUUGACUCGGAACCAGGAGGAAGGGACGUUGGAUAAAGAUUGGACUUGUCUAUAUCAUCCUUUUACUCUUUCGUUAUUAUCAGAAUGUUUUAUAAAGUUGAUGAAUGAUAGAAAAAUGUUGGAAGAAAUUACCUGGCUUUAGUAAAGAUGCAUAAAGAAGUAUGAAAGAAUAUUACGAUUAUAAGAAGCUGGUAAGGUUAAGACUUAAGUUUUAAACUUUAAGGUUUAUUUUAUUAUAGAAAGAUAGGAUUAAAUUAGUCGAGGGCAAUGUAAUGAUAGAAUCUUAUGAAACAUGGAAAGGAAAGGAUUUGCUGGGAUAAGUAAUAACUAGAAUACAAAGGAAGGGAGGAGGAGGUGGUCUACGAAAGUAGGUAAUGACAGUCAAGGGUCUGAAAAUAAUGAACCUGUUUUAUUUUUGUUCUUUACUCUUUUUUCUGUAUUUUCUUUUUUUUUGGUAUUUUUACUUUUUGUAUUUUUUUCCUUUUGUUUCUGUGUAACUUUUGUAUCCUUUGAAAUUUUAAUAAAUAUCAUUAAAAUAAAAAAAAAAAAAUGGGUAUUGACUCCUGUACCCUUCUUUUAGGUUUUCCUCUUCCUUGCAGCUAGAUCAGAGAUGGUGAACCUCAGGCCCUUCGGCCCUCCUUGUGUGGCCCUUAAAACUCCCACAAAGCCACAUCUCCCACCAACCUUGCUUCCCUCUCUCUUUGAUUGCCUUUGCCCGACUGGGGUGUUUCUUUCAUAGAUGGUACCUGACUUGGAGAAGGAACUGCAAUGGUUAGACCUUUGUAAUGUGUGAGCUGAAAAAGCUCUUAUUACUGAUAUUGGCUAAAACUAGAGAAACAACUUUUAAGCUCUUUCAUAGAUGGUUCCUGACACCACAGAGGUGCAGUAAAACCAGCCCCAUCAUUCUGCUGAAGGGAAUGUGGUCAGAUCGGACCCUUCUACCACAUUUGGUGAUUAUGUGAAGCUAUAAACAUCUUUCAGGAGAUUAGCACAGUGACUCAACAGUCAGCCCUUUGUGCCCCACAAUUAGCUCUGAUUGGAAGAAUGGAGACUUGCUACAUAAAGAGCUUAUGACAUCUUUAUUGGUGGCAGUGAGGCAACGAGUUGCAUGCAAAUGGAAGAGCUUGCACAAUUUAUCAAUAGACUGUUGGCAGGAACAAAUUUGGCCCAUUUCUCCAAGGGAAAAACUUACCAAACAAGUACAGGCUUUAAAUGGACAACAAAAAGACAAUGGUUUUUAGUGAGAUUUGGUAUGCAUUUAUUGGUUCUGUUCUUGGCUAACAAUUGCAUUUUUUUUAAUUCAGGAGGUUGGGGUGGGUCAGGCAGGUUAUUUUUGUAUAUUUCAUGAUGGUUAUUUAUUUGCUUGUAUUUUUUUAAUUAAAAAGCUUGGCAAUGAAUCACUGGUAGUUAUAAUAACAUUGCAAUCUUUUAUCCCGAUUCACCGUACUCUUUUUCUACAGCAGGGCUGCCGACCUUUAUCCUUGUCUGGUCAUGUUGGUUUCGAUAGUUUGCCAGAUCAGUUGGUUAAUAAAUCUACCCAUCAGGGGUUCUGCUUCAACAUUCUCUGUAUUGGUAAGUAAAAUAGCUAUCAACAGUAUGAAUGAUUCCAUUUUAAAUCUCAUUCUCACAGAAAAUCUGAAGCUGUGAGAAGAGACUGUUACCAUUUUCGCUUGACUUUUGCCUGCAGGAUAGUUAUAUUACGUAAUUGGGCUUAAUUAUGCUAUUUUUAUUACGAUCCUUAACUGUGUUUUCAAAAUUUAUGUUUUCACAAAACUGUUGGUCAUCUUUUAACGGAUUACUACUCAUUUAUUGGGACGCGGGUGGCGCUGUGGGUUAAACCACAGAGCCUAGGACUUGACGAUCAGAAAGUAGGCGGUUCGAAUCCCCGCGACAGGGUGAGCUCCCGUUGCUUGGUCCCUGCUCCUGCCAACCUAGUAGUUCGAAACAACUUCAAAGUGCAAGUAGAUAAAUAGGUACCGCUCCAGCGGGAAGGUAAACGGCGUUUCCAUGCACUGCUCUGGUUCGCCAGAAGCGGCUUAGUCUUGCUGGCCACGUGACCCGGAAGCUGUACGCCGGCUCCCUCGGCCAAUAAAGCGAGAUGAACGCCACAACCCCAGAGUCAGUCAUGACUGGACCUAAUGGUCAGGGGUCCCUUUACCCUUUACCUUUACUCAUUCAUUGUUAGCAGUAUUGUCACACUGAUUCACAUGGUCUUUCCAGACCUAUUUAAAAGAUGCAGUAUGCAUAUUGUAUUUAGCAAUCUACUUGAAAGUUGUUGUUAUUAUUAAAGAUUUUAAUUGGUUUUCAAAAAUACCAAUGUGAACAUUAACAGAAUAAUAUUUCCCUAUAAGUCCAUGUUCAUGGUCAGUGGGUGCCAGUCACCAGAGUGUUCAUUGGAAUAUUUUAUAAUAUUUCAACAAAAUCGUCCGUAUCGGAUGCAUUGUUCAAGGCACAUACCCCCUAAGUUAUUUUCUCAGAUAAAGCAGUUGUCCAUACAUUCUGUUUCCAUUUGAGAUGUGCAGGUGAUCAAGUCCUUUCCAAUUCUUUGCUACAAGGAAUCGUGUUGCCACCAGAAGAAAAGUAACAAGUUCCUUGUAUAAUAAAUUAAGCUGAAUAUCUUUGAAAAUUGUUAAUAAACCUAGGCUUGGAUUACAUUGUACGUUCUGAUUUGUGAUUUUGCUGAUUUCUGUAAAUACUACUCUUUCCCAGAAUGGUUGCACUCUACUUGAAAGUGGAAAUAUUGCUACAACCCAUCCCCACCCCAAAAGACGCUUAAGCUUUUGGUGAAAUUCUUGUCUCUGAUCUGAAGCAGUCUACAGUGGUACCUCAGGUUACAUACGCUUCAGGUUACAGACUCCGCUAACCCAGAAAUAGUGCUUCAGGUUAAGAACUUUGCUUCAGGAUGAGAACAGAAAUUGGGCUCCGGCGGCGCGGCAGCAGCAGGAGGCCCCAUUAGCUAAAGUGGUGCUUCAGGUUAAGAACAGUUUCAGGUUAAGUAUGGACCUCCGGAACGAAUUAAGUACUUAACCUGAGGUGUUGUUGUUGUUUAGUCGUUUAGUUGUGUCCGACUCUUCGUGACCCCAUGGACCAAAGCACGCCAGGCACUUCUGUCUUCCACUGCCUUCCGCAGUUUGGUCAAACUCAUGCUGGUAGCUUCAAGAACACUGUCCAACCAUCUCGUCCUCUGUCGUCCCCUUCUCCUUGUGCCCUCCAUCUUUCCCAACAUCAGGGUCUUUUCCAGGGAGUCUUCUCUUCUCAUGAGGUGGCCAAAGUAUUGGAGCCUCAGCUUCACUUAACCUGAGGUACCACUGUACUAUUGUGUGGUGCUCUCCAGAUACUUUGGAUUGCAUUUCCCAUCAGCCCCAACAAUGAUUAAAGCAGGCAUAGGCAAACUCGACCCUCCAGAUGUUUUGGGAUUACAAACUCCACCAUCUCUAGCUAACAGGACCAGUGGUCAGGGAUGAUGGGAGAUGCAGUCCCAAAACAUCUGGAGGGCCUAGUUUGUCUGUGCCUGGAUUAGAGAUUAUGGGAAAUGUAGUGCUCAACAUUUGAAUGGCCCCAUGUUGGCUACCCCAGUUAGCAUGUGUUGCUAGCACUUGGCCCAGUUAAGAGUGUGGCAACGCAUUUAUAACUUGUUGUCAAGCUUCUAGUACCAGUUCAGAUAAACAGAUGAAGUUCUGAAUUGGGGUUGAAGAUUGGGCUAGAGUAUUGCUCCAAGCCCCUAAAGGUUUGCGGGGGGGGGGGGGACAUGUUGGAGGAAAUAUUCUGAAAAACAGCUUUGCCAACAAUGUGGCCAUGAGUACUAUGACUUGGCCACAGACUAAUGUUAAUCCAAACCUCAUCCCACCCCCCAAAUUUUCCAGGAACAAGAAAUAGCCAACAGCCUUGUAUUCUCACGAUAGUCUCUUUUGAAAGAUAAUAAGGUGUAGAGAGAACAAAAAACCCUAUAGGCCGAGUUGAGUUAACUUAGUAGGAGUUUUGCUCUCAAAGAAGCUACCAACCUGUCACAAACCACUAUGGUAUGAAUGUUAUUCCCAUAGAGUGAAAAAAAAUUGAGGGUGAAGCGGGAAAUACAAAUAUGGAUGAGAGGGAACAGACGGUAUAGUACUGUGUGCCUUUAUAGGAAAUGACAUGGUGAUCUGACACAGCUACAAAGAAAUGCAGAAAGAUUGUGUUUUCUCUGAAUAAACCCAGCAUUAAAUUAUAACGAAUAACUUUUUUCAUCCUCCCCCCCCAAUGUGAGAAACUUCUUUAUGUUGCAGUGAAAUUUCUCUAGUUUGUUUCAUAUAAGUACAUGUUUACCUGUCUUCAAUUGUAGGGGAGACUGGAAUUGGGAAAUCAACUUUGACUGAUAGUUUGUUUAAUACCAGUUUUGAUGACCGUGUGUCAACACACUUUCAGCCAAAUGUAAGACUUAAAGCUGAGACAUACGAACUCCAAGAAAGCAAUGUUCGACUGAAGCUGACCAUUGUCAAUACCGUUGGAUUUGGUGACCAGAUAAACAAGGAAGAUAGGUUAGUAUCUGCUCACGUAAAUAAUGUCCUCUUAAUUUGCCCUGUGACAUGUCAACUUGGCUCUGACAAGUGGGUGGUAUUGAUAGUAUUUCUGAUGCAAUUCUAUUUUAUUUUUUGACAUUGUGUACCCACUUCCCCUUUGCUAGAAAUCUCUGGGAAGCUUGCAAUACAAAUGUUAAACAACAAUACAUUGAACAUAAUAUUUAGAGAAAUUGCCCAUUUAUACAGGCUAAUCUGGGAACCAUUUAUUUUAAAUCACAAAGUAAAGCCUACUAUCAUUUUAUCAACAGAUUAUUUUGGAAAAACACUCCAAUCCUAGAGGCAAUGGUCAGGAACCAAACGCCUACUGUAUGCUUGCCCAAAGGCUUGUUUGUGACCAUUGUAAUGUCUAAUUUUUUUAGCACUGGGCAGCUGAAAGCAGUCUGCCAUCUGUGAUGUAAGAACAGCCGUUAAAAACAAACGAAGUCCCUUUUGGCUAGAUGAACAGCUCUUUGGACUUUGGCCAUUUUCUUAGGAUUAAUUAAAACGAUCCAGUGAUCAUUUAUGUGGUGCUGCACGUCAAAGGUGCUUUCUGAAAUGCUGCACUGCAUGGAAGCUCCCGUGUCCUCUUCAGCUUCCUCCUCCUCUUCCUCCCAGCAUCUGCCAGUGCUAGGCAAUGAUGUGUACACGAGCAGCUCGUGCUGCCCACCCCACAACAUGGGAUGAUCGCUGACUUUGAACUUCAGAGGAAAGCACCUCUCAGGCUCAGUGCAAUAUGAUGUCCGCGCAAGAGCCAGUGUGUUGGUGUGGUUAAGAGCGGUAGACUCGUAAUCUGAGGAACCGGGUUCGCGUCUCUGCUCCUCCACAUGUAGCUGCUGGGUGACCUUGGGCCAGUCACACUUCUCUGAAGUCUCUCAGCCUCACUCACCUCACAGAGUGUUUGUUGUGGGGGAGGAAGGGAAAGAAGCUGCUUUGAGACUCCUUCGGGUAGUGAGAAAGCGGGAUAUCAAAUCCAAACUCUUCUUCUUCUGGCACAGUGUUAUGGCAACACCUGAACCAGGAUAGUCUGCCAAGCCUAGCCAAAAUGCGUGGAUUUCUGUGGCUGUGCCCUUUUUUUUUAUUUAUGGCAAGCUGUCCUCAUGAUUAGAAUAUUAUUACUCUGAGCAACUAAUAUAGAUAGGAACUGACUAAAAGUGUGGUUGAAGUAAUGCCACUGCUGCUUUAUUGUGCCUUUGACAGCUUGUGCAUAGCAGGGGGUCAACAACGUUUUGGGGUGCAUGGGCCCAUUUGCAAAUUGAGAAACUGUUGUGGGCAAACACCACAACCAAGUACAUGUCACAACCUAUUCUACUGCUGACAGCAGAAUUCUUCUUUCAAGCCUAAUUUCAGCUGUUGUGGGAUAGAGGACCCUGAGGGCCUCAGUGAAGGCCUCUGUGGACAAAUGGGGACAUGGGCUCAUGUAUUAGAAUGAAACUCACCUCUGUCUUCUAAUAUUAUAUUUCCCCUCCUCUUUCCAGCUACCAGCCAAUAGUGGAUUACAUAGAUGCACAGUUUGAGUCUUACCUCCAGGAAGAGCUGAAAAUUAAACGCUCCUUAUAUAAUUACCAUGACACUCGCAUCCACGUGUGCCUCUACUUUAUUUCACCCACAGGACAUUCCCUCAAAAGUCUUGAUUUAUUAACCAUGAAAAAUCUCGAUAGCAAGGUAAGAUGUUAAAGCCAGCUUUAGAGGGAAAAAAAUAGCAAUAAUCUUUCUUGCAGCUGAACUCUUAGAGUAUUCACAGGGGCCUUUUAAAAAAAUAUAGCAGCAUUAUGAAAAUAAAUUUAACAUGUCGUUUUAACUGUAAUCCAGUCUUGUUGUCAAGAAUGAAUAAAGGUUUUGAUAAAAAUAAGCAUUGCGUAAGUGAAAUUGAGUAAGCCUUUCCCCGUCCAAAGUUUACUUAAACAUCGUUCGUCAUGUUCAGUUUUUAAAAGCCUGUUACUUUGACGAAAACUCAGGAUAAAGUUAUUUUGCCUUUGAACAAGCAAAGGGAUUAUAGUGCUUCAUAACAGAGUUGUAGAGAAGCAAUGAUGCCUGAGGUGAAAUCGGUGACUGGAUGCGAUGAAAUAUCUAUGCACUCUUACCUCUUCCUGAUUAGAAACCUGGUUUUGGUCACCUGUUUGGUGAUUUCAUGCUCUAGGCCUAUUCUUGGGGAAGUGACAGGAAUAUAGGGCAAUGGUUUUUUAGCAGGAAAAGGUCUACUAACCUACCUAUAGGGAUAAAACAGUUAAAAUACUGAGCCUAGGGCUUGACGAUCGGAAGGUCGGCAGUUUGAAUCCCUGCGACGGGGUGAGCUCCUGUUCCUCGGUCCCUGCUCCUGCCAACCUAGCAGUUCGAAAGCACGCCAAAAAAGUGCAAGUAGAUAAAUAGGUACCACUCUGGCGGGAAUGUAAACUGCGUUUCUGUGUGCUGCUGCUGGCCGCAUGACCCGGAAGCUGUAUGCCAGCUCCCUUGGCGAAUAAAGCAAGAUGAGCACCGCAACCCAGAGUCGUUCACGACUGGACCUAAUGUUCAGGGGUCCCUUUACCUUUACCUUUACAUUUACCUUUAUGUACACUAAGCCCAUAACUUAUGUGCAUUAAUCUUGUGCUCAUUUAACUUUACACGCUUGGCAAAAAAAAUAAAUAAGGGGGCGAACUUUGGCAAUCCCAUCCGCCAUUGCACCCAGUGUGUUUUGACUAGAUGUAAUUUUGGCCUUAGGCAUGAUCCCCAGAAUUUAACCCUUGUGUAAGUUGGAGGCUUACUAUACAUUGCUUUGAAUUUACUUUAUAUUAAUUUUGCCUAUCAGGAAAUGUGGGCUUUUUACAUCCUUGCUAUUACUGCUUCUUAAAAAUCUAUGACUAUAGCUCAUAUUGAUAUUUCAGUAUAGACCCUGACACAUAUGUAGUCUGAAAAAUGCAUCUAAGAAUCUGCCAGAUGAAAAUAUAGUUGUUGCUUUUUUAAAAAUGACAGACAAUAGAAACUGCUUCUAAAGUGCUAAUAUACUGAUCUCAGCCCCUCUAAAAAUGUUGUAGAGAUAAACUGUACUGAAAAACAAAGGCAGCAUUUCAAGAUACUUUUCCUGCUCUUUUUAUAGCUUCAUGCAAUUUCACUUCUUAAUCAGUAAGACAGUGAGGAAUGUAGGAAAUAAAUUGAAGCAGCUGGUACCAGCAAGCUAGAUAGUUGUGACCAAUUGCAUGUUUAUUUUAUGGUUAUUAGAAAUCCCAACUCUAGAUUUAAUAUCAUCUCCUUUUAGAAGUCACAUGUUAAAAAGAAAACCAGGAACAGUAGACUUUGCCCAAACAGUCGCUGGGUUUUGUUUGUUUGUUUGCCAAAGCAGUUGCUGGGUUUUGUGUGUGGAAACGUGAUCUCUAAAAUCAGAUGAAAUUAAAACACAUUUAUUAGGCAACUGGAAUUCAUAUCAACUCUCCAGGAUGGAUGUUUAAACAAUUUUUCACAGAUAUCAUUUCAGAUAAAAGAAUAGUUCAUGUAUAGUUAAGGUCUGAGUGUGCAUAUCAUCUUAAUGAAAGGUGAACAAAAUGUUUAGGUGGCCCAAUUCUAUAGAGCGCAUGACCUGCUGGCUUGCUGCAUUUUCCAGUGAAGCCCUAGUAUGGGUCAAAGCAUCUAGAUUUUUAUCAUCCACGUCCUUGGUUAUGGCUGUCAACCCAAGCCGCAUGUGUGUAUGGAACUGUCACUGCCAGCGAUGGCAGAUGGAGCUGUGUAAGCACGUAGCGUGUGUUUUUUACACCAUUGCCAACAGUGAGUCAGUUCUCUUCCUGCAUAUGUGCAGCUGGGGUUUGUAGCUCUUUAUUUACAGAGGAGUUCAUGGCGUUGUUGAACUGUAGCUAAUUCAAACUAGACUAUUUCUAGUUUUAGAUUUAUAUUGAUAUGGUCUAGGUAAACAUUUUGACUUCUGGGGGUGAGGCUUUACAUUAACCCAUGUGGCAUUUUGUUCGGCAGCCUUUGCCAUUUCGUUGUGUAAGCUCUUCCAUGUUAAAUAAAAUAACAGCCUUUCAUACUUUUUUUUUUUUUGAGAUGCAAGUACCAUUAACUAAAACAAGUACUCCUCAGAGGGAGUGUAAAAUUAAUUUAAAACCAAAGAGCAGAGUCUUCUGCACAUGAUUAAAUAAUUAAAUCGCAGGUUCAGCUAGUUCUAUUUAAAGCAAUGGCUUUUCUAAAACGGCAAUGUAUCAUCAUGAAUUGUGGAACUCAAGGUAGGUAAAUGCCUCAAAUGCUUUAUCAUUAGCUUAAAUUGCCAGGAGAAUGCCCCUGGUAGCAACCAGAUGAAGUGUAGGAGUGGGCUUAGUUGAACAAGGAACUGGAGAGGGACACAAACGAAGUCGCUUUCAAUCUGACUCUGUCCCCUUCACCAGACCAUCAACUCUACCCAGGUCCCACAAUUUUGCCCAACCCUUUCUCUCGUUUUCUUAACUCUUCCGCUUAUAUUUCUCAGUGAGGGUAGCUGGAGAAGUUUUAAUCGAGGUUUCACCAGUGACUCACCUAAUUAGCUAGGAAGUCAGGUUUUCUUUUUUUUUUAAAGGUGUGAAAGACGUAGAUCUGAUUUCUUUUUUAGCUUGUAGCUGAGUCAGAGGAAAACAUCUAGAAAUGUGGAACAAGCACAAAAGAAACAUUAUACAAGCAGCAAUAUAAAUAGUCUUUCCUAUAACUUUAACCGGAUGGCAGGCAGACAGGAAAGCAAGGAUUCAUCCUAUAUCAAGCAUUUGAAAUUGGUUAUGAUUGCCAGCAUUUAUUUAGAAGUUCAAGAUACGGUAAUUUUGACUUAUAAUUCAGGAGGCAAAAGAGCAAACACUUCCAGAGAUAAGGACUUUAUUUAAAAGUUGCAGAGCAUUUUACUGUAGUGCAAAUUGCUAGCAGAGGACCCUUUGUGAAGAUCAUUACUGUUUUGCUAGGUAGUUCAUUAAACAUAAAGCAUAAUAUAACCAAAAUCUCACCUUUCCCUCUGAAAAGUAAACAGAUUCCUUAGUAAAAAAAAAAAAAGUUACAAAAUUACUGAAUUGCUGUCAUUUUUUUUAUGUUCAUCCUUUUGGAUAGCUCAAAACAGGUAAAGUUUUAGUAUAAUUUUCAUGUCGUCUUUAACAAUGCUGAAUGUAUGGUUUUAGUUAAUGUGGAUCAAGGUCCAAAUGACACUACAGAUAAAUGAAAACUAUAAGUUCUUUGCUUGAGUUUUCUCUGAAGCAGCUUGUCGUACUGAAGAGGCUACUUGGUUGAGUCAGUAACUGAGUAUCUUGUUGUAAGAGCCUAUUCAGUGAUUAUGAUAAUUUGUGUCUAAGAAAUUACAUGCAGGAAUUUGACAAGAAUGUAUAUCCCAACCACAUACUUCUUACUUCUUUAAACAGGUGAACAUUAUUCCACUUAUAGCCAAAGCAGAUACAAUUUCUAAAUCUGAACUGCAGAAAUUUAAGAUCAAAAUCAUGAGUGAGCUGGUCAGUAAUGGAGUCCAGAUAUACCAGUUUCCAACAGAUGAUGAGAGCAUUGCCAAAAUUAAUGCCAGCAUGAAUGUAAGUACUUCACUGACCCCACAACAACAUAUUCAAACAAAAAUGUACUGACAAUUGUUUGCCAUUAUAGCUAUAGUGGAUACAUCUCACUCAGACAAGGGAUAGUGAUAACAAAAUGGACCCUGAGGAAAAUUCUUUUGAGUGGGACAUGGCACUAUACUGGUUGCAAAGACUGACAUUUUGAAACUAGGGCAGGAAUGUUAAAAAAUCCCCCUGUUUUUCCCCAAUGGUAUUUAAUUGCUUCUUGAAUUCUGAACUAUUUCUAUAUUUCACAGAGGCACUUCCAUGUUCUUAAACAGUGCAGUUAUCUUUCAUGUAAUUAGGAUAUAUGUUAUUGUUUAUAUUGUACUUUUUAAUAUAUUUAUUGAGCUGAUAGCAAUGCACCUUUAUUUACUCUGUUUCACAGGGACAUCUGCCCUUUGCCGUAGUGGGGAGUACAGAAGAAGUCAAAAUUGGAAACAAAAUAGUAAAAGCUCGCCAGUAUCCUUGGGGCAUAGUGCAAGGUACUGAAACAGGAAGUACUUGCUCAAGUACUGUUUUGGAAACAUUGCAUAGUAAAUGCGAAAGGUAUGCAAGUAAUAUCUUAUUUCGUUUCAUUAGUGGAAAAUGAGAACCAUUGUGAUUUUGUGAAACUUCGGGAAAUGCUGAUUUGUACAAAUAUGGAAGACUUGAGAGAGCAGACUCAUAUGCGCCACUACGAACUGUACCGGCGGUGCAAAUUGGAAGAGAUGGGCUUCCGAGACACCGAUCAAGAAAACAAACCUGUCAGGUAAGUGAGUGAGCCUUCCCGAUGUUUCAACAAUUAAAACGUUUAUUUACCCUCCUAGCAGCAGGAUGGGGAAACGUAGCAUUCGAAAAAUAUUGCAAAAAACUAAAUACGUCUCUUACUCUUUUACUUAAAGCACUUAGCUAGUCAUCAUUCUGAAUGCUGUUGGGGCAGUCCCUAGUUCAGUGGUAAUUAGGCAGUAUGAAAUAUACCGUGGUGGCAGCAAGAGUUGCAUUAGUGCUAAAAUUGGAAAGCAAAUCAGCAGGGGAUAUCUGGCUGUCAGGUGCAGCAGUGGAUUAUAGCCCAAGGAACUCUGUUGCUGUGCUGAAUGGUGCUCUGUUCAGAUUACGACAGUCAUCCAGCUGGCUAAGGAGUGCAGCACUGAUGCUGGAGAUUGUAUCAGAGGGCACAUGGUUGCCUUCCGUGGUCCUGCAGCAAUAUUGGCGCUACUGCUUCUGAACUGAGCAUGAUGCUGACAGAAGUGGAAAUGGUGCUUUUUUAGUUGAGAGUGGCUUGAAGAAUGGCUGAAGUGGUCCUUUUCUUCUCUGAGAACAAAGAAAUCAAAAGUAACUGUGUGGAGAGAGUAUAAGUUUGAAGUGGUCUAAGGUAAUUGUACAGUGGUACCUCGGGUUACAUACGCUUCAGGUUACAUACGCUUCGGGUUACAGACUCCGCUAACCCAGAAACAGUACCUUCGGUUAAGAACUUUGCUUUAGGAUGAGAAUAGAAAUUGUGCGGUGUCGGCACGUCGGCAGCAGGAGGCCCCAUUAGCUAAAGUGGUGCUUCAGGUUAAGAACAGUUUCAGGUUAAGAACAGACCUCCGGAACGAAUUAAGUACGUAACCAGGGGUACCACUGUAUUCUCAGGCAGGAAGGUAAACCUAAGACCUUUUCUAAUUUCUUUCAGAAUUCCUUUUUGCCAGUGCCAGUUCUUCCUUCAUGUGCACUAUCUUCUUUUCCUUUCCUUUUGUCUUUCCGACUAAUGUAAGUAAAAACUUUCUCUAUAAACUUUCUUCUUUGUGUUUCAUUCCUACUGUCCUUCCUCUCCUGUUACUAACACCUAAACACCUAAAAUUGUGUUGUUGAUGCCUGCGCAGAAAAAGUUUAAGCGGUAACUGAGUGGAUUGGAAUUCACUGGCACCAGAAGUGACUUGGGUGGAAUCUGCGCACAUAUUAAAAAACGCUGUGAAAACGCUUUUUUAAAGAACGUUCUGAAAAAUACACUGAAUUUGCCAUAGCUCACCGUCACCAUCUAGUGUCACAUUUGUAUAUUGCACUUUGCAACACACUUAAAACACUUUAUUUGCAGCUGUGUAGCUAAGUCCUUGAUAUUUACUCUGCAGGUACUGACUGGGUUUCUGUGAUAAGCCAAGAUAGGCCCUUUCCAUAUGUUAUAGUAUUGCACUGACUGGACAUGCCAAUUGAUUUUGUGCAAUUCAGUGGGGAGCAAAAAAAUCGAUAAGCAUCAGCUUAUCUAUUUAAGGAUCAGACUAUGGCAGGAUUGCCAAGACUCAGACCAUUGCUGACAAUAUGGUAUUCCAUACUUCUCUUCAGACAUAAUCUCUAGGGAGGGAUUCCAAAUUCCCGGGCAAUUUGUACAGCCUUCAGCAAUUCUUAAGACUUCGGAAUGAAUCACAUUCAAGGUGGCAGUGCUGAACUAGUCAGGGUGUAAAGCAGGAAUGUGGAACCUGUGGCCCUCCAGAUGUUUAGCUGCACUAUACUACCAGCAGCGCUGACCAUUGGCCAUGUUGGCUGGGCUGAUGGGAGUCAGGUGUCUAACAGCAUCUGGAGGGCCGGGGUCCCUUGCUCCUGGUGAAAACAAAAACCAGUGGCAUCUCAAUAACUGGGUUCCUCUUUUCUUUUUCUUUUUACAAAAUUCUAAAUUCAAAGGCACCUUUGCUCCUUAAUAGAGUGGGAUAUUUGGAAGACCUCUGGCUGUUUUCAUUGCAUUUAUUAGAGUGCUAUUGGAAUCGGCUUUCAGCCGUAAGAUCAGCAAGUUUUGUUCUGAUUCAGAGUAGUCUCUUUUACUGGAAAGUGACUUUGUAGCGAGAACAGCUGCGAGAAUAUCAAGCUGUCCUUGUGCAAGGAAGGAAGGACACUUGCAGCAUUCUAUGAGGAAGUUUAAAAGAGAGAGAGAGAGAGAGAGAGAGAGAGAGAGGGGGAGAGAGAGAGAAAAAAGAGAGAUUCCAGACCUGGCAUGUGAAGAAGACAAGAAUUGGAAAGCCAGGCAAACAAUGAGAAAAUGGCAUUCUGUGUGUAUUCUAUAUGCACUAUUAGGCUGACUUUGUUUUUGAAAAACCAUUCAGAGGCUCAGUGCCCUUGUGAACUUACUACUUAGCACUUCUAUCCUAACUAUCCCCCCCCCCCCCGAAUUAACUUCCCUUUCUAUCAUACAGGCUUACCUCCGAGUUUAGGGUCAAGGCUAAAGUAUGAAAUCCCACAGCCACUCAUGCAGGGGGCUUUGUCCACUUUGCCACGACUAAUUUAUUGCCCUGCAUUCUAUUCAUAAUAUCGCUGCAUGUCUCAUCCUGAUACGUUUUUAGAGCUGACAUGCAUUUUGGCCACAAUAAAAUACUGUGGUGAGACACCAGACUUCAGACAUUUCCCCCACUGCUCACAGUGCGUUGUAGGCAAUGUCCCACAUUCUUUUGCCUCAAAAUAAGGACUGAAGGAUGGCGCAAAUGGAGACAUUGGGUGAACCUCUGAACUGCAGGCCCCCUGAAUUUCUCAACACCUGACCUACAACAUUGAUACUGCUCCGUUUGACUAGUAUAUUGUAUUUAUUCUUUAUGUCAGUUGGCUCAACCUGCUAUAGUGGUAUGACACAUAGACAUGGGGUUAAUGUCUCAGACCAAUUUUCCCCAAAACAAUUUGUUAUUUAAGAAUUUAGUAAGGCAAGAAGUUAAACAGUUUUUGAGAAAACUAUUUAUUGCGGGGUAUGUGUGUUAGAGUUUAAAAAUAACAUAAACAGAGAUGAACACAUCCAGCCAAGCCCAUCUAUUUUGGACUGCAAUAGUUUGCAUCCCUCACUUUAGCUUCUGAUACCUUUUCCUGGUUUCACUCCUUUCCACUCUUGUAACGCUUUUGCAGUUUUCGAGCUUUUUCAGUGUUUCAGUCCCUUUCUCCGUUGCAGGUCUUCAAAUCCACCUCUUCUAGUUUCUGGUGCCACAGCCUGCUGAAUAGCUACCCUGUCUUCUCGCAUGACUUAUCUACAGUAUUUUCAUGCCCCUACCAAUCUUUUAGCUAGUUGGGAGAGGAGUGUUUGGCUGCAAUUCAAACCCUGGCUGGGGAGUGACACAACUCAACAGAGCAGUGGGGUCACCUCUGCAUUCGCAGCUCUGCUGAUCACGCUGAUUGGAGGAGAAGGUGGGGGGCAGGCAAACUGCUCACCCAGCCUAUGGAGACUUGCAGAACUAGGCAGAGUGACACCUCUGCAACAACUCCCACAGCCUGGCUCAGUCGCCAGGUUCUUAGGAUGAGCUGCUUAACAGGGCUGCUUAAUCCUCAUAAGCAAAACUUCCCUGUAAACUUUUUACCCUCCUGUGCACAAGAGCCUUUAAAGCAAAAAAGGAACAAUUUAAGAACUCAAAACCCAACACGAAAUGACUUCACACUUCACAAUAAGAGAAAAAUUCUACAAAACCUUGACAUAAAUAAGCAUUUAUUUAUGCAAAAAUAAAGCAGUUCUGGAAAUGGAAUCAAUUUGCAUAAUUUUGCAUGGAUUAUAGCAUUAGGAUUUCCUUGAUGUGAGCAGCUGUGUAUUUAUUUCCAGCUAUUGGAAGGCUAGUUGGUGAUACCUGUCCACAACCUGUCCUCUUUGUAGAAUAAUUUGUUUGCUUUUAUCAUUCAUGCUUUUAAAAUUUUAUUUUAAUUGUUAGGUCAUGUGGGCCUUUUAGUCCCUUAUGGACUUGAAUUUGUUGUGGUGAAAGUUCUAAAACGGUAACGUCUUUUAAAUAGUGAGAUUGAAUCUAACUACUGUAAGAACAGAGGAUAUUAGCUGAAAUUGGAAAAACUUUCUCAAUCCCCACAACCUAUGCUUUUAAGUCUGUGCACAUUGUAUUUAUGGUAAUGUGAGUGUCUGUUCUGUUCAUUUUGCACACGGCAGACUGACCUUGCAUAGUUCCUGAAAUGCAGGUCAUUGUCACAAGGGAGCAUUACCUUGCUACAACUGUUAUGGGUCAGAGAACAUCUCAGAUGAAGCUUUUCAAAGGCUCCGGAGUCUUUUUGUUGAAGCCAAAUCUGAAGUGCUGUUUACCACCCUUGUUACAACUUGAAUAACCUGUGCUGCCUUUUCCUCUAAUUGAGCUCAGAACUGCAACGUUGCUUGGUGAAGAACUGGUCUGUAUUCUUGCUAUUAAGAUUAAGAUCAAAUUAAGUAAUGACUUUGCAUAUGUUACUUGAAAGGAUUACAGAGAGCCAGUGUAGUGUAGUGGUUAAGAGCGGUAGACUUGUAAUCUGGUGAACCGGGUUCGCGUCUCCGCUCCUCCACAUUCAGCUGCUGGGUGACCUUGGGCUAGUCACACUUCUCUGAAGUCUCUCAGCCUCACUCACCUCACAGAGUGUUUGUUGUGGGGGAGGAAGGGAAAUGUUAGGAGGAAGGAGAAUGUUAGCCGCUUUGAGACUCCUUCGGGUAGUGAUAAAGCAGGAUAUCAAAUCCAAACUCUUUUUCUUCUACAGUAUAGUAAAGGGAAAAAUGGGGAAAAAAUGCAUAAAAUUGGUGGAAUACAGUAAAAAUUACACACUGUUGCCUUUCACAAGUGAUAAAGACUCCUUACAUUUAAUGAUCCUCAGUCUACAGGAGACUUACGAAGCCAAGCGGCAUGAAUUCCUUGGUGAAUUACAGCAGAAAGAAGAGGAGAUGAGGCAGAUGUUCGUUCAGAGGGUCAAGGAGAAAGAAGCACUGCUGAAAGAAGCUGAGCGAGAAGUAAGAGUGUCUGCCUACUGUUCUGAAUUUGAUCUGGUUGCAGUGGUAGUGUGAACAGAUUAAUAAAUCUUAAACAAAUACUGUGUUUAAGAAAGAAACAGAAUAGGCUGGCUAGCUUCCAGCAAAAUAAUGCACUGAAGAGAAUCGCAUGCAUGAGCUGGAGCUUUGCUCUUUCCACUGAACUAUGGUUUGUCGCUUUGGCUGCAAAAAAAGAAAAGCUUUGGCUGUAUGUGCCCUGUCCCGUUUAUGUAAGGGCCUUCUCUGCAUCCUGAUCAUGGCUGGAAGUAGAUCAGGACCAGUAGGACUUGGGAACAAAAUAUUGUGCUGUGUAUGUGUUUGUAUGCACAUGAUGCCUCCACUCGCUUUCUUUUCCAAUGCCUCACCUUGGGUCACAGAGUUCUUCCUCCUCUUCCUUGUGCAUGCAGUGAGAGCCAAUUGGGAACUUCAGCAAAAGGUUUCUUGGAAGAGUUAUGCACUUUUGCCCCUGUACAGGCAGAAUUGGGAAACAGCUGGAGAAAAUGAGGGUCUUUGGUUAGGUUCUGAGCUCUGGCUGAGGCUUGGUUGACUCCCUGCCCCCCGCCAAAGGUUUCUUUGGUUUACAAAUAUGGUAAUUCUUAUGUACAAAUAGAGUAAGUCCUCUGAUUAUGCAGAAACCACUAGUAUAUCUGUGAGUGGUCAUGUUUUGCUUCCCAGCUGAUUAGAACAGGAGAAGCCACUAAAUUAAGCGUUUGUGUAUAUCUGAGAUGACAACUCCCUGUUGACUAUAAUUGCUCAGUGGUCUCAAAAGUUGAGGAUUAAGAGGGGUCAGUCCCUUCAAGCUGGGAAUACACUGUUGACCCAAAGCCAUAGUUUUUCCCAGUGCCAUAUGCAUAUUGAGAGAUGGGACUGAUCAAGGUAGAAAUCUAGGAUUGCUAUACAUCCAUAAUUUCCUGGAUAUAGCCAGGAAACAGUGUCCGGGUGGAAAUCGCUGAAAUGUCUGGGAAAAUCUGGACAUAUGGCAACCCAUGUCUGAAGUUUAGAUUUUGGUGAAUUUUAUUAAAAAUACCUCAUAAACUUCUUCUUCUUUUGAGAUUUUGACCUGUUCUCCAUUUACCAAGAAAAGGAAAGCCGAGUACGGAAUAAUCCUAAAGGCUGGUGCUCCCUUUUGAAAAGUUUACUUAAUGUACUCUUUUUCGCAUUUGUCCUUAAAAAGGAUUUAAAUCUAAGGCAUUGAUCUUGUAAACGGCUCUAGGUUUCAUUCCUAACCCUACUCACCUUGGAGUAAGCCAUACCAAAUUCAGAAAGGGUUAGGAUUCUACUGUAAGUUCAGGUGUGCGUAAUGUCAAUAAAAUAGGAACACGAAGCUCAAAACUCUGACUCUUAGGAAACCAGUCUCUGUGUUCUGUUGUGUGAUUACUGAGGAUGGAAUGCUAAGUGCCACCUUGUGGCAGAAAUGACAUUUUUUUUGCUCUACUUCAGCUACAAGUGAAGUUUGAACAUUUAAAACGGCUUCAUCAAGAAGAGAGGAUGAAAGUAGAGGAGAAAAGAAAGCUCCUGGAAGAUGAAAUGAGUGCAUUCAGUAAGAGAAAGGCUGCUUCAGACAUACUCCAAGGGAGGGCCCUGCCCCCCACACCCACGGUUGGUUUAAAAAAAGACAAGGAUCGGAAAAAGUAAGUAAUCAUUUUCAGAGGAUCUUAGGAUUUAGGGCAAACUGUCCAAUUCAGAUGAAUAUUUUAAAUAGUAUAAAUUAUCCAGCCAUGAAGUAUGAAAAAUAAGUAAAUUUUGUUGCAAGUUGUUUGAGGUUUUCUUAUUGAUAUCAUCAGGCACUUUUAUGAAAACUCUUCUUUUUAUGUCCCCUUCCCCACCAAAGGGAACAAGAUUUUCGGCCUGAGCUGCUGUGUUUUGAUAUCGGAGAUCAGGAAGUUGUGAAUAUACAGGAAGCGAGAGAGAGAGAGAGAGAGAGAGAGAGAAAUUAGAAAGAGAAAGAACACUGUGACUAGAGCUUGGAAGUAGUUUGCAAAUGUUGUAUGGUUAGGGUAUGUUAGUUUUGCAAGUCAUUGAAAACAGAUUCGUAUGUUCACAAUGUGCUUAAUAUUUGAAUUUUUCAUUCCAGAGAAUGCUAUUGAAAUUCCCAACAGCUUUUGUAGUUUGUUGGUCGUGGCAGAAGCUGUUAUGGAACAGUAAACAAUCUAAAUCUGUAUUGUGUAUUGGCAGCUGUUGCACUCACUGGGUGGUAUCCUACAUGCUCUGAGUAGACUCAUAGAAAUCAACAGGCAACCCAGUGAUGUCUGUGGGUCUGCUCUGAGUAUUACUCAUGUUGGAUAGUAGCCACUGUUCUGCCCAAAAUCUCAACUGCUGCAAGGAAUCAACUGCAUGUAAAGCAAAAUGUUAUUAAUGGUUUUCACAAUAGAAAUGUGCGCUUUUAAAUUAUGAAAUCGUUCAAUGAGAACGAGUGAAAGUAGGGAGUCAUCCAAUGAUGUCUGCCCACUUCUGCAAUGGAAAUCGGCUUGUGCAGUGGGACUCUCCUUCUCUCUGCCCUCCACCACUGCCCUAGCAUACCUCCCAAAUCUGCUCUGGAGGUCUCCCUACUCUCUGGGGAAGAUUUGGGGUAUGAGUGGGGCUGCUAGGGGGAGGAAGAUUUGCUUAAAAUGGCUUUUGUUCUCCAUUCUGCUGGCAGAAGAGUACUGUCAGCUGAGCAACAUAGUUUUGAUACUAACAUAGCAAGAAUUUUUCAAGAAUGUCAGAUUAAAGACUUAUUUUACAUCAGGCAUAGGCAAACUCGGUCCUCUAGAUGUUUUGGGACUACAACUCCCAUCAUCCCUAGCUAACAGGACCAGUGGUCUGGGAUGAUGAGAAUUGUAGUCCCAAAACAUCUGGAGGGCCGAGUUUGCCUAUGCCUGUUUUACAUGAUUUAUAUUUCACACUUUCAACAUAAUAGCUAACAAAGUUGUAGAAUACAAAAGGAAAAUUGAAGGCUAUACCAUGUAACAUUUCUGUACAUUUAAGUCGGUUCAAGUUUUGUCUAGUUGGGACUUAUCAAAGUAAAUAUGAACACAUUGAAGAUGGAAGCUUUAAUACUGUAAAUAGUCUUUGCUAUCUGCGGAUAAAGGCACACCUGAUACGCUUCUUUCUGUUUCAGCUCUGGCUUUAUGUGA